AAUGCAUCACCCUCCUCCCACUUCGUCAUCGUCUCCUCCACUUUUGAUUUCCGCUGCGCUUACUGCUUCCCCCCUUUCGCCGUCCACGGGUGACGUUGCCUUCCUCCGUGCCCAUUUAACCAGGAAAACGAGCAACCGAUUAAAAGGAGGAGGAGAUCGAAUCAGGGAUUCAGCACACCCGUCGCCUGCCGCUAGCUACAAUCGGGAGGACGAACAGGCCGGAUUUAGGGAUCAAAUUGAGAAGGACAAUAGCACCAAUUGAAGAAGGAGCAGGUUAGGGAUGAGAGGAGUCGUGCCUUGCGUACGAUGAAAAGCCUCCUCAAGAAGCUACAUAUCGUGCCGAGUCACUCGGAAGACGGGGAAGCAUCGCUCUCGCCCUCCUCCUCCACGAUCGGAGUCUGCCCCGUUGCAACCGACGCCAAGGCAACCCAGUCACAUCCCGAGCAGAAGCCCUUGUCCGGUUUCGGCAACUGGUUGAAUUCGGUCUCUGGUAGGCAAGCCAUUACCCCUCCCUCCUCCUCGUCUUCCUCCUCUUCGUCCUGCUCGUUUACUGUCGAGCAGAGAUCGGACCAGAGGGAUUUGCCGAGUACGACUUCCUCGGUCGUUUCCGAGAUGGUAUCUAAUGCACCUACUGGAGAUUCCGAGUUGAGCAAGCCUACGAACCAGGACAUGGACGAGGAGUACCAAAUCCAGCUCGCCCUUGAGCUUAGCGCAAUGGAGGAUCCGGAGGCAGCCCAGAUCGAGGCUGUGAAGCAGAUUAGUCUGGGCUCUUGCCCACCGGAGAACUCCCCAGCUGAAAUCCUUGCUUAUCGAUACUGGAGUUAUAAUGUUCUUGGUUAUGAUGAUAAGAUCUUGGAUGGUUUCUAUGAUCUUUAUGGUGUUUCAAUUGAAUCAACGUUUUCAGAAAUGCCUUCCCUUAUGGAUUUACAGCAAAUACCAAUCUCUGACAAUAUUGGCUGGGAAGUUGCCUUGGUAAACAGGAAAGAAGAUGCUAACCUUUCCAUACUUGAACAGAAGGCACUACUAAUGGCUAAAAAGCUAGAGGCUGAAUCUUUGGAUUCAUCAGGGAGUCUCUUAGUGCAGAAGGUUGCCUUUUUAGUUGCUGACUAUAUGGGCGGAAAAGUUUCUGAUCCUGAAAGCAUGUUGAAUUCAUAUCAGAACCUUAGAAACCAUCUGAUGGCAAAUAUUGGAAGCAUUGUGCUACUGCUUGGACAUUUGACAGUUGGUUUAGCCCGUCAUCGUGCUUUAAUGUUUAAGGUUUUGGCUGAUAGUCUGGGCAUAUCUUGCCGGUUAGUGAAAGGGAAGCAAUAUACAGGUUCUGAUGAUAGUGCUCUAGCCACCGUGAAACUUAAUGAUGGAAGGGACUAUAUUGUUGAUUUAAUGUCGGAGCCUGGUACUCUUAUCCCAUCAGAUGGUGUAGGAUUGAUUAAUGAGCCGGAAGAAGCUACCAUCAUGAUUCAAUCUUUCACAAGAGUAUCAAAUGAUACUCGUAUGGCCAUAUCAAGUAGCAAGGUAGCAGACUCUACUGCCUGUAGUCCUGAUAAUGAGUCAUUCACCAAACACGGUGCAAUGUCUACUUACCAAAAAGGUACAAAUUCUGCUGGGGUAAACCCAUGUGACGUAAAUCAUCAAAUCAGUAGGUACAUGCCUACUGACAAGAAUAACCCUACCAAAUCUCCAACUACUUCGAAUGAUGUCAUGCCAAAAACUACAAAUGCAUCUGGUAAGUCAAAGCACCCACGGUCACCAUCUUGGACUGAGGGUAUUAGUUCUUCAACUGUCCAAAGCAUGAAAUUGAAGAAUGUAUCAGAAUACAUGAUUAAUGCUGCUAAAGAAAAUCCAAAAUUAGCUCAAAAGUUACAGGAUGUGUUGUUAGAAAGUGGUGUGGCUGCACCCCCUAAUUUGUUCACUGAGAUUUGUACUCCAGAAAUAGAAGAUCCACUGACUGAAGAGAUGCAUUCAAUUGAAGAUAAAUACAGGAGGAAGAUAAAUAAGCCUGAGUUAAAACAGAAAACUGAAACUGGUGGUAGUCAUGGGCCCUUCCUGCCUCAGCUUCCUACCCACAUGCUCCAUCAGAAAGUAAAUCUCUCUAGGUCGCAAAUGGAUGCUACUAAAUCUGCAGCUGGAUUGAGUGUUUGUCACAAUCAAGAUUCCAGAGAAGCCAUUAAAAAUCCUGUAUAUGAAAUAUCUGAUGAACCAUUGGUGCAGGAGUCUCGGUUGCAGGUGGUUAGACAUAUGCCUGUUGCUGCUGCUGCUGCAACAGCUGCUGUUGUUGCAUCUUCAAUGGUAGUUGCAGCAGUAAAAUCGAAUGCAGACCUGAAUUUGGAAGUUCCUGUGGCUGCGGCAGCCACUGCAACUGCUGCAGCAGUUGUAGCUACAACUGCUGCUGUCAGCAGACAAUAUGAGCAUUUGGAACCUUGUUGUAGAGAACCAAAUCUAAUAGAGAAAAAUGAAAUUAUUUCUGUCAAUGAGCAGCAAGUUAGCUUUCAUGGUAAUGAUGAAAUUAAUACAAGAGUAAGGUUUGGUGAUUCUCAUCAAGAAAUGGAUCGUACUUCGGAAAAAUCCACUGGAACAGAAAGUACAAAAUCUGAAAAUGCACUGCAGGAUGUUGUAGAAUUUGAAAUAGCAUGGGAAGAUAUCAUUCUUGGUGAGCGGAUAGGGCUUGGUUCUUUUGGAGAGGUGUAUCAUGGAGAUUGGCAUGGAACAGAAGUUGCUGUCAAAAGGUUUUUGCAUCAAGAUAUCUCUAGUGAUGCACUCGAAGAAUUUAUAAGUGAGGUGCGAAUAAUGAAACGGUUGCGACAUCCAAAUGUCGUUCUCUUCAUGGGUGCGGUAACUUGUGUACCUAAUCUGUCAAUUGUUACUGAAUUUCUACAUAGUGAACUUUUCUAUACUUCGCUUCAUAUGGCUCAUUCCAAACUGGGUUCGUUGGACAAGUUUAUAUGGCAGCAGCUAAAGCUUCAUAUUCAAGGCAGUUUGUUCCGCUUAAUUCACCGACCCAAUAAUCAACUUGAUGAAAGGAGACGUUUGAGGAUGUCUCUUGAUAUUGCUCGGGGAAUGAAUUAUCUGCACAAUUGCACUCCUAUUAUAGUCCACCGUGAUCUCAAGUCUCCAAACCUUCUCGUGGACAAGAAUUGGGUUGUGAAGGUCUGUGACUUUGGUUUAUCUCGUAUAAAGCACAACACCUUCCUUUCUUCGAGGUCAACAGCUGGAACAGCUGAGUGGAUGGCACCAGAAGUUCUACGGAAUGAACCUUCAGAUGAGAAAUGUGAUGUCUUUAGCUUUGGAGUUAUACUAUGGGAGCUCUGUACCUUGCAGCAGCCUUGGGAAGGAAUGAAUCCCAUGCAGGUUGUUGGUGCUGUUGGAUUCCAGGAUCGUCGUCUAGAUAUUCCAGAUGACAUGGAUCCAAUCAUAGCUGGGAUUAUAAGGAAGUGCUGGCAAAUAAACCCAAAGCUGCGGCCGUCAUUUGCAGAGAUCAUGGCUGUGUUAAAACCUUUGCAGAAACCUAUAUCCAGCAACCAAGGUCUUAGACAAAAAAGGCCAGUCGAAAGCUCGGAGAAAGCAGGAUUAUAGGGAAAACAAGGUCAGAAAUUCUAAAAUUCAGUUCAUAAGAAAUUGUUUGGCUUGAGGGAAGUUGUUCAAAUGUUAGUUGUCCAGCAGUCACUCAAGGACUGAGAAGUUCAGACAGUGAAGCCCUUCAAUAAUCAAGUAUAUUUUAAAUCCAACACGGUUAAUUUAUCACAAACAGUAGUAUGUGUGAAGUAAGAACAACAAAACAUGAAAAGACAUUGUGCACCUAGGGAAGUUGAAUCUCAUUAUGAAAAAAUCAUGAUGGAGUAAUGGGUUGAACUUGAUUGGAGUCUGGAGUUAUGGUAACUCGCUGAGCUGCUUGACCCACUUGGUUGCAAUGUAACAUGGAUGUGUUAUUCUCAGUUAUUUUCUAAUUUUUCAUGUUGUAUAUUUUGUUUGGUUGAACAAAAUCCAACUUAAAUUGCUGUACAUAUAUUUGUAAUGUAUCUAUGCGUUAUUCUUUUA